AUGUACGAAGAAAAACAAAAAAAGAACAUAAAAUUCCAGAAAUGUGAGAAGGAAAUUCCUUGUAGGCUAUAUGCAAAGCAAUAUGUAUGCAAAUGUAGACUUUUAAGUAUAGUGAAAAACAUAAGAAAUCACCAAGAACGGCAGGAGAAAUGGCUCCUAACAUUUACAUUACAUUCGUGUCAAAUGGAGUCAGAUGGUUAUAAUAAAGCGCGAGGAAUUCAAGAUGUUGUAGCACAUUUAUCAUAA